UACUACAAACGUAAACAAAAAGCGGGCGCCUGGUGGUUCACCGGUACCUGUCAAACGUGUGUACAACCUGUCAAGUGCGAAGCGGCGAUAAACAAAAAAAAGCAGCCAACGAACGGUUGUUGCUUGACGGCAUGGAUAGGAAGCGGUUAAAAACUAUUGGUUACCGUUUCUUAGGCAACGGUCGAACACCGCGCUGCGAAUGCGUUGUUUGUUUCUAUACAGCGAGAUGUGUCAGUCUUUCCAAGCCUUUCGGAACGUGCUGACAGGCAUUUCUUUUCAGGGGGUGUACUUUUUUUUCGGCAGUAAAUGUUCACUUGAAAACCACCAAAAAAGAAGCUAAAUUCUCGUUGAUUAAUCUAAAUCGGGUUUGUGUUUUAAAUUGUUUUGGAAGUUUGAUUUUAAACCAUCCAAUAAAUGGCGAAAAAGGGAGGAGUACAGCAACUCCAGACGGAAAUCAACACCGAUGAUGAGUUUGAAAAGUUUCUCGAACGUGAUGGAUUACUUGUGCUGGAUGUGUACACGGAAUGGUGCGGACCGUGCGUGGGUAUGAUUGGAAGUUUGAAGAAAAUCAAGCUGGAACUCGGCGGAGACAAUUUGCAGCUGGCUAUCUGUAAAUCAGACGAAAUAGGUGCGCUCAAACGGUUCCGCAACAAAAGUGAACCAACGUGGCUGUUUGCUUCGCAUGGGAAAAUCGUAAAUCUAAUGUUCGGCACUAAUGUGCCGAAGUUGAUCAAUCUCAUCACCGAGGAGCUAGACAUCGAGCUCAAAUGUCGGGCGGGUGAAGUCGAGCGCAGCUACUACGAGCUCUGGGAACUGACGCCUGAAGAGCAGGAACGUGAAGAUGUGCGGCAGGAGCGGGAAGAAGAGGUGGCCCGGAUCGAGAAGGAAGCGGCGGCGAAGAAGCGGCUCGACUACAUCACACACGUGACGGACGAGAUCAUGACGAACAUCCCGGACAUGGGAAUCACCCUGUUUAUGCCGCACGUACACAAGGACGUGUUCAAGAAGCUGCACGAUCAUGCCGAAAAGCACGAUCUGCACAUGAAGGAGAAGCGGUUGGUGCAUCUAAACCCGAAGAUGCUGGAAGUGUUGCACUUUGAGUGCGAGAAUCGGCUGGCAGAUGAUGUGUUCGAGCAGAUCUACUACAAGGACAUUCAGGCGUACGUGUGGAAGCUGACCGAGGGUGAAACUCGCUUGCCGGAAGAGGUGAUCGGAGCGUUCGUGAAGAUAAUUACCGAACCGGUCGAGGUGCUGGAUGCGGACGGUAACGUGGAGAAGGUGAUUCCACGCAUGAUCGAACCGCUCGAGAUGAUGUAUAACGCGAACGAUGGCACUUGGAAGAUGGUUUCGAAGCUGCCACCGCAGAAGAGUGCUAGCUCCAUUGCGACGACCAACUCGUCUGAGUCUCAGGCGUCCCAGGACGCGUCGAAGGAAACGUUCGACGAGGACGCUUGUCCACGGUUGAUCAUACCGGGCGUAUGGACACCAACGAAUCGGCGGGCAAAUGCGGCACUGUUUUAUCUGCUUUUCCGUCAUCUAACGGAGCACUUUUUGCCACCGGAUCCGGUACCGGAACCACCCCAUAUUUGUAUGGUGUUUGACGCUUACAAGAAGCGAGACGUACUCGAGGUGGCAAUGAACGAGAAGUACAAAACGCAGGUCAUGGCGUUCGGGUACUUCAGCACCGGUGAUCCAAAAACGGCAGAGCUGAUCGCCAAAACAACCGAGCGCUACACGACCAAGCGUCCGAACGUCAACGACAAGCUGAUCAUGAAGGUGUCGAAGGCGACGAGCCACGCGAUGCUUGCCCUCACCGCGAUGGGCCCUUGCUAUGUGAGCCAGAAUGCCGUCGAGGGACAGGAGGAGUGUGCGGCCCUGUUCCCACCGAACUACAACUUCGUCGAGGAGGAAAAUGAAACCGGCGAGGUGGAGAAGAAGAAGCACAAAAAGAAGCGGCGUGGGAAGAAGAGUGACACAUCGGUAUCGUCCGCGGCAGAUUCGGCCGUCUCCACAACACCGUCGGCGGAACCGGGUGCGGACGGGCAGGGCGAACUGGGUACGAUCGGUGAGGGUUCCACCGGGGAGGAAGGCGAAACGACAUCCUCCUCCCAGAACUCGCCAGAAAAAACGGGAGGCGAUCCGGAGGAAGGUGCUCCUUCCUAAAACGGAAACAGUAGAGGAUAAAAGAAAUUACACUAUAAAUCGAAUCAAACCACUUUUUAUUUUUCUUACAACUGCAAAUCAUAAAACACUACAUUUAAUAAUAAA